AUGGGCUUCCCCUGCCCUCCGGGAAGCCGCGUCUCUGUAGUCCGGUCCCCCCUCGCCCUGCUCCUGCUGCUCUCGCUGAGACAGGUGACAGGCUCUCUGCUGGAGGAGACGACUCGGAAGUGGGCCCAGUACAAGGAGAAAUGUUUGAGGGACCUGCAGAAGCGACCGACAGGGCUGUUCUGCAAUGGGACGUUUGACAAAUACGCGUGCUGGCCUCACUCCCCCCCGGGCAACGUGUCUGUGCCCUGCCCUCCCUACCUGCCGGACCGGCAACCAGAGAGCCCGGGGAGAGUUUACAGACUCUGUUUGGAAACGGGGACUUGGCAGACGCUGGAGAAUUCCACGGCCGUGUGGCGGGAUAAUACGGAAUGCUUGCGAAGCCACAACUUCCAACAAUACGAGGAAAAUCUGACCCUCCUGGGGUCCCUUCAGUUGAUGUACACCGUGGGCUACUCUUUCUCGCUCAUCUCCCUGGUCCUGGCCCUGCUCAUCCUCCUCCUCCUCCGGAAGCUGCACUGCACACGUACCUACAUCCACAUGAACCUGUUCGCCUCCUUCAUCCUGCGGGCCUUGGCCGUGCUCGUCAAGGACGCCAUCUUCCACCGCUCCUAUUCCAAGAGGCCCCUCGACGAGAGCGGCUGGACGAGCUACUGGUCAGAGGUUUCGGCCGCCUGCAGGACGGCCCAGGUCCUCGUCCACUACUUCGUGGGCGCCAACAUCCUAUGGCUGCUGGUGGAAGGUGUCUACUUGCACUCGCUCCUGGGCCCCGCCGUGCUGUCCGAGAGGCGUCUGCUACACCGCUACAUCGUGCUCGGCUGGGGCUGCCCCCUGCUCUUUGUGGUCCCCUGGAGCAUCUCGCGAGCCCAACUGGACAACGUCGGGUGCUGGGGGACCAACGGGGACAUGCGCGUCUGGUGGAUCAUCAGGGCGCCCAUGCUGCUCUCCGUCGCUGUGAAUUUCUGCAUCUUCCUGAAAAUCCUCAAACUGCUGGUGUCUAAGCUCAAAGCGCAUCAGAUGUGUUUCCGGGACUACAAAUUCAGGUUGGCGAGGUCGACCCUGGUUCUCAUCCCUCUGCUGGGUGUGCACGAGUUCGUCUUCACGUUCGUCACGGACGAGCAGGUCAGAGGGCUGUCGAGGCACAUCCGCCUAUUCCUCCAGCUGGCCAUGAGCUCCUUCCAAGGUUGUCUAGUGGCUUUUCUGUACUGCUUUGCCAACGGAGAGGUGAAGGCGGAGCUGCGGAGACACUGGUGCCGUUUCCUCCUGGCCCACCCGGGCUGCGGGCCCUGGGGGCUACAGCGGAGCAUCAAGUCCCUGCGAAGACGCUCCAGAGGACGGGACCGGCGGUCGCCCGGCGGCCCCGGAUCCCGCGCGGGCCCGCGGCCACCCCGGCCCGGCCAGUUCGUGCACCUGACCACGUGGCGGCGGGUGGAUUACUGCCCCCAGCCCGACGGGGGCCGGGCCGGGCCCCCUCGGGGGAGCAUGUCCGACAGCAGCGAGGGGGACUUCACGCUCGCCGACACCACCGAGGAAAUCCUGGAAGAAAGUGAGAUCUAGGGUUCCCUCCCCGCGGGCCCGUCGUCGCCGGGACCCCUCCUCGGCCCCGACGGGAACCCCCGACGACGGCCGACAGGAGCCCUGACGGGAGUCGUGACAGGAACUCGCUUGAAAGAACUGCGGCGAGAACCCCCCCCCGACAAGAGCCCCUCGCAACCGUUGGAGGGAAUCCCCUCGGGUGUCGCCUCAGAGGCCCUGACAGAAACCCUUUUUUUUAAAUGGUAUUUUGUUAAGCGCUUACUAUGUGCAAGCACUGUACUAAGCGUUGGGAUGGA